GUCAAAGUGUCAUCUUGUGAGAGAGGCAUUGAACAGAUUGGUCUCAACGCCACCUCGUUCUGCCGUACCUCCCCUCCAUGGCCCUUCCCAUCUUCACUCCUACCUCCCUAAUUCUGGCGGUCGCCAUUGCGGACUCUUGAUUUCGGACCAGAGCAAGUCGUGCCCCUGCGCACACAAACGAAUCAUGUGGAUUCUUCCCCUCGUGGGGUACACCGGGCUCAUCCUAGGGUUCGCAUUCCUCACUCUCUCCAUUGCUUCGGGUCUCUAUUACCUCUCCGAGCUCGUCGAAGAGCACACCGUCCUCAGUGCCAAACUCCUCAAGCGCCUGAUCUAUGCCGUGGUAGUCGCACAGUUACUGCUCUGGCUCGUCGAUGGAUUCCCCUGGUAUCUCACCUUGUUGGGCGUGGCCAGUCACGGUGUCUACGCGACGAACCUGCGGCAUUUCCCCAUCGUGAAGCUGUCGGAUCCCUUUUUCCUUACGAGUUGUGCCUUGGUCAUCCUUAACCAUUGGUUAUGGUUCAGACACUUCAGCGACGCAACUACAAGAGGAGGUCCAUAUCGGGGUGCACCACCGAGCAGCAGACGAGAUUGGUACUCGGCACCUCCCAUAUAUGACCAACCCACUUUCACCGAGAUUGCAUCAUACUUUGGGCUGUGCGUGUGGCUCGUUCCAUUUGCCCUAUUCGUCAGCCUCAGCGCCGGAGAGAAUGUUUUGCCAAGCAUGGGAUCCGAGUAUGCCACGGGCGAAAGAGAAGGUGUUGGUUUCAAGAAGGGCCACAGAAGGAAGAAUACAGGAAUGGCCAAGGCGGCUGUUCAUGCUACCAGAGAUUGGGUUACGGAGACGGGUGCUGUGAUGGGGUUCUGGCACGCCGACAACGUCCGGCCAGUAUAGUGAUAAGAGCUGCAUCCGAAACCCUGCCGGACCCAGCAUCAAUUGCUAUGUCUGAAUGUGAACGCACCAUCUCAAGCUCUGGGGGACAAGUGCAUCCUAAAAUCAUUCCACGCCACCGAGCGCCCAACAGAGGAUGUGACGAAGCUAGGAAUAAAGCAGCAAAGCCCGGCUAUAAAGUCAGCGUCACCGGUUGUCCGAGCCAGAGACCAAUUCUACAAGGUCUUCGCAGCGGUCUGGCCGACGAGCAGGAGUGGCGCGGACAUUCCAUGAUCCUUAACAGUCACGGUUCGCGGUCCAUGUGAAAGUGCAGGUGCUCGGUUCUCUGCCAUAUAGCUGCUUGCUUCCACGAAGCUCCUUGCGAGGGAUACACCGUCCCAUUGGGACCGGUGUCAGGGAUUUACGAGACACUGGGAUCGAGAGUUGGGUCCAUCACCACUCCGAGGAUCGAGGCUUUAUAUGGCCAUGGAGCCUGCUGAGCGGGUGGCAUAUCCCUCGGACCGAGCAAGAGGUUGGAGCUAUGAGAUAUGAGGGGAUCAUCUGUCCAGGUAAUUGCGGCACGCGCGAGAAGCUAGAUUUCAAAUGAUUGGCAAGAAGAAGCAUGAGGAUGACAAUGAUGAAACCCGUUCCCGAUUCGAAGUUAUCACACAGAUUAGAUCCUACCCAAUACACCGCUGGCGCUGUAGAAACACCAGCUAGACGAAACAGACAUGUACCGAGCAGGGCAUCGCAGCCCAAAUAUACCCCAGACCCGGUAUUCUGUAACUAGCUAGCCAGAGCCCAAAGCCCAAAGCCCGAAUCCCGAAUCCCAAAUCCCGC